AUGUUGCUUUUCACACAUGACAUUAUAGUGCCAACUUCUUUUAAUCUGAAUCCAAACAUUCUGGGACAUAAUAGGAGGCUACGACGGGUAUUCAAGGGAGCAGUUGGUGCACUUGAUGGCACUUUGAUACAUGCUGUUGUCCUUGCAAAAAAACGGGAUUUAUAUAGAAGUAGAGGAAAAGGCGAUUGUUACCAAAACGUAUUGGCAAUAUGUGACUUCAACAUGAUGUUUAUGUUUGUUGUGGCCGGUUGGGAAGGGAUAGCACACGAUUCUAGAAUUUUAUCAGAAGCAUUAGCAAAUCCACAUGCACCAUUCCCGCUUCCACCACCAGAUAAAUAUUAUCUUUGUGAUGCCGCCUAUGUAAACAUUCGAGGUUUUAUGGCAUCGUACCGUAAUGUGAGGUAUUGGCUUGGAGAUUUCCGUCGAAGACAUGCAUUAAUGAAUAAAGAAAAAUUUAACCAUGCACACGCAAAACUUCGGAAUGUCAUUGAGCGGGCUUUUGGUGUCUUGAAAGCACGAUUCCCUCUGUUGAAGAGGAUGGCACCAUUCUCGUUGGUUACACAACGAAACAUUACCCUAGCAUGUUUUGCGCUUCAUAAUUUUAUAAGAAGAGAGGGACUACGUGAUGAGUUUUUUGCACGAUAUGAUGAACCAAAUGUCCCGGUUUGGAAUAACAAUGCAGUCGUUGAUAAUGAUGAAGAUGAGAUUCCAACACAUGGUACUGCAGCGGGCCGUGAAUAUAUGACCCAGUUACGGGAUGAAAUUGCCGAACAAUUGAUGCAAAAUAUGGAAUCACUUUGCUCCACCUCUUCUGCUGCAGAGGGCUGUAGAGGUGGUUCGCAGACUUCAGACAGUUUCACUUCAGAAAAACAAACAGCACCUUAG